AUGCACAUCAACGCCAUCUUGACCUCUGCAAUCACCCUGGCAGCCACUGUCUCCGCAGCUGCGGUUCCAUCUCACCGUUACGUUCAGCUGCGUCUCUGGGGUCAGCCUCAGUGUGAAAUACUGAACUUCGGCGAGGAAGGCAUAUAUGGGGAUCAAACCGAAAAGUGCAACGAGUUGGAUCCAAGCAGCACUAUUCAAUCUGUGAAGGUUGAGAGAAUCGAUGCAGGAUGUGUCCGUAAGUUGGCUCGCCUAUACAAAGAUGGACGUUGA